GGUUUGAGUGGGACGUCUAUCGUCCCCAGUCAUACAAGAUGGCGCGAAGGGAAAGGCAAAGUUGGAGGAAAAUAAUUUCGGGGAAGCUAGAAGCAAGAGAUCGUGGGGAAUGGUACUGUUUCAGAGACAUUAUCAAGGAACACAACAAGCUAUUUGAAAAUGCAGAUACUGCAAAAUCAAGAGUGGUUCAACUGGAAAUACAAGUCGCUCAUAUGCAACAGGAAAAACUUGAACUUCAAGGACGAGUUCAAGAAUUGAGUUUAACAGGGGGAGGGGUUGGAGGGGGUGGUGGAUCAGAAAAAGCUGCAGCAUUGGAACAAAAACUCUACAAGUUACAAGAAGAACUGACAGAGCUUCAUCGGCAAAAGGGAGAGAAUGCUCAGAAACUGAUGGAACUCAACAAUACGUUACGACAAAAGGAACAGGAACUUGCUACCAAAGAUGGACGAUUACAGGAUUUAACCAUCAAUAAAGAAUCAGUUGACAAAGAGUGUCAGAGCCUUCAGCAGACAAUAAUAGAAUUAGAUGCAACUUGUCAGAUGGUAAAAGAUGAAUUUCAGGCCCUACAACUUGCUUACUCAUCGCUAGAAGAAAAACACAGAAAACUACAAGAAGAUAAUCAAGAUCUUGUGAGUUUGUGACAGCUGAUAAAUAAAUGAAGGCUUCCUUGCAAAAAGGGCGUAUAUAGCAUUUUAGGUCGAUUUUCA